AUGUUGCUCACAAGACGCAGAUGGAUAUAUGAGCUUUGUGCGUUGUGUUAUCGUUCCUGUUUUGACAUCGUAUAGGCUUGUCUGGACAGUAUUAUGAAGCUUUUGAAAAUAUGUUUUCUUACCAUCGCGUUGUUAAUAGCGCAAACCACUGCUCUUAUAAGAAUUCCGCUCUACAAGACGCGCAGUAUGCGCCGUCUGUUGAGCGACAACGGGUUAAGUUUCAAACAACUCCAGGAAAUGGCUAAGACCGUUGGUGGUGAAGGAGCUCACGCAUCAACGCAGAUCGUACAAAACACUACUCCGAGCCCUACGGUGCCCGUGGAGACACUCACAAACUUCAUGGAUGCUCAAUACUACGGUGUCAUCAGCAUAGGUUCCCCACCUCAGGACUUCACCGUACUGUUUGACACGGGCUCCUCCAACCUGUGGGUGCCGUCGAUCCACUGCUCCUUCCUGGACAUCGCGUGCUGGCUCCACCAUCGUUACAACUCUAAGAAGUCGAGCACAUACGUUCAGAAUGGCACCGAUUUCUCCAUCCAGUAUGGUAGGGGCAGCUUGUCUGGGUUCAUCAGUGAGGACACCGUCUCUUUGGCUGGCAUGCAGGUUGCCGGUCAACAGUUUGGCGAGGCAGUAAAGCAGCCUGGCAUCACGUUCGCGGUGGCGCGCUUUGACGGGGUGCUGGGCCUGGGCUACCCCUCGAUAUCUGUUGCCAAGGUUACCCCUGUGUUUGACACGGCCAUGUCUGCCAAACUGUUACCCCAGAACAUCUUCUCUUUCUACAUCAGCAGAGAUCCUUUAGCUGCUGUGGGAGGGGAGUUGAUGCUGGGAGGCACUGAUCAAGUUUACUACACGGGAGACCUGCACUAUGUCAAUGUGACACGCAAGGCCUACUGGCAGAUCGAGAUGAGUGGGGUUGAGGUUGGCAACCAGCUGACGCUGUGCAAGGACGGUUGCCAGGCGAUCGUUGACACGGGAACGUCCCUCAUCGUUGGGCCUGCGGAGGAGGUCCGGGCGCUGCACAAAGCCAUCGGAGCACUUCCUCUGCUAAUGGGAGAGUAUUGGAUUAACUGCAAAAAGAUUCCAUCUCUCCCUGUCAUUGCAUUUAACCUGGGAGGAAAGAUGUUCAACCUGACUGGUGAAGACUAUGUCUUGCAGGAGUCCCAGUUGGGACAGAAAAUCUGUCUGUCAGGCUUCAUGGCCAUGGACAUUCCACCUCCGGCCGGUCCACUGUGGAUCCUCGGAGACGUCUUCAUUGGACGCUACUACAGCGUGUUUGACAGGGAUGCAGACCGCGUUGGGUUUGCUCCUGCCAAGUAGAGAAAAAAAAAACGAAACAGCCCCUAGCCCCUCUUCCCCAAAACCAAACCACUUGUGGAGAUCUUGAGAAGAUUCAAGAAGUGUAAGCUAGGAGUUGACAACAGACUGCCUGUGUGUGUUUCUUUCUUAUGGCCCUCUAAAAGCUUCUAUAAAUUGUGUUGAAUAUAAUAUAUAUGUCGGACUAGCAUUGGCAGGAAUUCUGACUAAAAGUCUUUGACUUUAGCUCGAUGUAAUCAAGUUAUGAAGUUAUAUAUUUUUAUUGUAUAGUUUUGUUUGAAAGUGUGAAUUAGUUGACCCGUGCCUGAAGCUACCUGGUGUUAGCAAUACCGAGGCACAAGAUGGAGCCACUGCCUAUUGAUUAAACCAAGAUGAAGGAUGAAAAAUGAACAGAAAACACCAAUAGGAACAAACUCAAAAGCUUUUUUAAAAACUUUGUAAUGUAAGACUGUUAUGUUGAUGUGAGGUUGAUGAAUGCUGACCUGUUGCAGUAAAACAAAUGCAUAUUCUUAGUGUUUUGCAAAAAUCCCAUAUUUUGUUUUUGAAAAGCAGAUUAUUGAAUGUAUGCUUAUACUUAAACAACAUUAUGGAGGUUGCUGAAUGCAUGUCGUAAAAUAAUACUUUCUCAGGUUGUUGUGGUUAACUUUUAAUGUCCAACUAAUUUGAUUAACCAAUUUCAAGGACCAAUUCUUAGGUCAAGAUUAAGUGAACUUUUAGUGAAAGAAUGUCUUAUGAUAUUACAUAAACUGUCCACCAGAAGACUGGUAUUCAAGUUAUAGUGCAAAUAGAAAUAAUGCACUUGUGACUAGUUUAACCAGUGAUUUUAACAAAAAUCAAAAGAUGCAGUGUGUAUUAUUAAAAUUAUAUAUAAGAUAAAAUGUCA